AUGAGCUGGGCCCUCCUGACGAGGUUGCUAGAGGCUAUGACCCAGCAGUCCACCCUGGUGGGGAAGCUCUGGCCAUCUGUCCUGGUAGUGUUCCUCCUGCUCCUGGCCAUGGGCAGGGAGACCAUUUACCGGGAUGAGCUAAGUGGCUUCUCCUGCAACACAGCACAGCCAGGCUGCCAAAAUGUUUGCUACGACGCCUUCGCACCCCUCUCCCACGUACGCUUCUGGGUGUUUCAGAUCAUCCUGGUCACUGCACCCACCGUGUUCUAUCUGGGCUGUGCCGUGCACCAUUUGUCCCGGCUCCAGAUAACCCAGGAACAAGAGGAGGAAGAGAGGGAGCCCACGAUCAAAGAGAAGUCCAGGUGGUCCCCUGAGGAUGGAGCCCAUGAUGGUCUCAGGAGGAUCCACAGGGACAGCCUCCUGGGAGCCUAUGUUGGGCAGUUGCUGAUCCAAUCUGCCUCAGAGGUGGCCUUCCUACUGGGCCAGUAUCUGCUCUAUGGCCUGGAAAUGCCUCCUUCCUAUAUCUGCCAGCGCAGCCCUUGCCCCUACAUUGUGGACUGCUUUGUAUCUCGUCCUACAGAGAAGCCUAUCUUCCUGCUGGUCAUGCAUGCAGUCAGUGGCCUCUGUCUCCUGCUCAAGCUGAUUGAGUUGCUGCACCUGGGCCUGGGAAGCGUGAAGGAGGGUAAAAGCCACCCUGCCCCAACUCCUCAUUCCAAGAGUCUCCAGCUGAAGCAAAUGCAAAAACAGUUGCAUCUGGUCCAGGAGCACCUGGACUUGGCGUUGCAUUUAAGCACACCUUUGACCAGGGCGCCUGCCUCUUCAGGCCAGUCUCCAUCCUAUAGCACAUACCCUCAGCAAAACCUGCCCAACCAAGCCCAAAAAGAGGUACCAUUGUCUAAGACAGAUCUGUAA